GUGCUGACAGUCAAACCAGCUAGGCAUGGAUGCUAAUCAAGGUCCAGGCCAGGGCAGCCCUGAAAGCCCUAACAGGGCUGUGGAGUACCUCCUUGAACUCAACAACAUCAUCGAGAGCCAGCAGAAGCUUCUAGAAACGCAGCGUCGCCGUAUCGAGGAGCUGGAGGUCCAGCUGGACCGGCUCAGCCAGGAGAACAAGGACCUGCGUUUGGAUCGGCAACCCGUUGCUCCUCCUCCACCUGCUCCUCCUCCUGAGCCACCCCUCCCUCCACCUCCUCCGCCGCCUCCACCAACUCAGACCACAUCAACAACCAUUUCUACCAAGAAUCACCACCACCACCACAACAGCCAACACCAAGCUCCUCCCCAGCCUCCCACCUCUAUCCCCCUCCACCAAAGCCACUACCAACACCAGCAUCAGCAGCAGCACCACCACCACCACUCCUCCACCCACCACUCCUACAACAGCACCAACAGUACCAAUGUGACCGCUAUUCCGGUUCCUCCUCCUUCUUCGGCUUCAACCUCACCCUCUAUCUUGGUCCCGACACCAAUUCCAGCUCCGACGUCCUCCUCCUCGUCCUCUGCUCCGCCUCCCCCUCCACCGAUCCCACCCAGAGAUCAGCCACGGGCCCACAACCGGCUGAACCGAGUGCCCUCCACCAGCACUGGCACCAACACCAACUUUGUGGAGAAAGAGAAGGAGAGGCUUGAGCGCCUGCACCGAGCCAAUGCUUCAAACAACCACCACGCCCACACCCUCCACCAUCACAAAUCCGUGGAGGGUGACCCUCCGUGUCCGGAGGCGCUUACUUUUUCUGACUCGUCCUUUGGCCAUCCUCCUCCCUUCCAUCGCUAUAGCAACAGCCCCCUCUCCAGCCCCUGUGACCCCUACAGCUCCGCGUCCGCCGGCGGGCCCCUGGGAGCCUCGCACACACACACACAGGCUAGCUCUCCCAUCUCUCCCCCCAGCCCGGCGAGCCUCGCCUGGGCUCAGCGCAGCCGACACCAGCCGGCCAGCCUGGCGCUCCGCAAGCAAGAGGAGGAGGAGAGCAAACGCUGCAAGGCUCUAUCUGACAGCUAUGAGCUCUCUACAGACCUCCAGGACAAGAAGGUGGAGAUGCUGGAGAGGAAGUACGGGGGCCAGUUUGUGUCCCGGCGGGCGGCGAGAACGAUCCAGAUGGCAUUCAGGCAGUACCGCAUGAACAAGAACUUCGAGAGGCUUCGCAGCUCCGCCUCUGAGAGCAGGAUGACCCGCCGCAUCAUCCUGUCCAAUAUGAGGAUGCAGUACUCGUUCGAUGAGCGCCAGCCGCAGGGUCAGGGGUCAGCAGGUCAGCAGGGGUCCGACGACACAGGAGAAAUGGACGACUCCUUCUCCAAGCAGGUCAAGUCUUUGGCUGACUCCAUGGACGACUCGCUCACCUGCCAUUCUGGUCGUGAAGACUCGCAGGAAGUGGGAGGAGAGGGCGAGGAGGACGACGAGGAGGAUGAGGAGGAGGGAGAUGAAGAAGAGGAAGAGGAGGAGGAAGAUGAGGAGGAAGACGAGGAUGAAGAUUACAGAGCGUGUGCAUGGCGUAGUGCCAACCCAUCCUCCCGACGCUUGGCGGGAGGUGUGGGAGGAGGUGUCGCCAUGCACGAGGACAGCACCGCCACCUCCUUCAGCGAUGUCACCCUCUACAUGGACGAGGGUUGUCUCCCUUCUUCGCCACUCUCCCGCCCGCCAUCCUCACCGCUCUCCCGCCCCGCCUCCAGCUCCGACACAGAGUACUGGGGAGGAGGAGGAGGAGGAGGAGGAGGAGGAGGAGUUGGUGCAGGAGGGAGGGAGGACAGCAGAGAGACAGCGGGAGGCAGCAUCGCCAGCCGCAGGAGCAGCACACCCUGCACAGAGUGUCGAGGGGAGUACAGAGGGAGGCCAGGAGGAGGGGGAGGAGGAGGAGGAGGACACCUCCCUGUCCUGACCAUCGAACCACCCAGUGAUAGCUCAGUGGACAUGAGUGACAGGUCGGAACGAGGCUCCAUCGGGCGCCUGGCGUAUGAACAGGAGCCGUCAGGAGUCGAGCGAGGAGGAGCAGAGAGGGAGAGAAGGACGGGAGGAGGAGGGGAAGGAGAGAGUGGCGAGGAUGAGCGAGGCGGAGGGGGAGGGGGAGGAAGCAGCGAAGGCGACUCUCCACAGGGAACAAUCAAACACAAACCAAACAGCCGCUCGGUCGCCACGGCGCAGGGACAGACCCGCAGCCCUGCCAACGUCCCCUUACCGAUGCCGUCAGCCCGGACCCUGCCGUCACUCCCUCACCCACUCCAACACACCCACCCUCACCCGCCGCCCAUCCCCCACCUACCCACCAUCCUCCACCACCACCCGCAGUACAGCCAGCCACAUGUCAUGCACAUGCACCACAUGCACGGCGGGAGCCCUUACAUUCAGCACCCUCACCACUUUGCCCAGCACCACUACCACCACCUGCACCACCAACACCACCACCACCUGCCCCACGCUUACCCAGAACCCCCUUCUUCUCCGCUGCCCUCCCCUGUGCCACCACUCACACCUCUCUCACCCCUGCCUCCGCCGCUCAUGCCCUCACCGCUCUCCUCCUCCUCCUCUGCACUCCAAAACAUAGAGGUGCAACAGCAGCACCACCCACACCACCCCCACCAUCACCAUCUGCUCUGCUCAGACGGAGAUAACGAGAGCGUCAACUCCACCACCACCAACUCCAACGACGACACAACGGUCAACAACUGCAGCUCCGGCUCCUCGUCACGAGACAGCCUGCGGGAGCCAAUCGGAGGAGCCACGCUGGGGAAACAGACCUAUCAGAGAGAGAGCCGCCACAGCUGGGACUCACCCGCCUUUAACAACGAUGUGGUGCAGCGGCGGCAGUACCGCAUCGGACUCAACCUGUUCAACAAGAAGCCAGAGAAGGGGAUCCAGUACCUGAUCGAGAGGGGCUUCGUGUCGGACACACCGGUGGGCAUCGCCAGGUUCAUCCUGGAGAGGAAAGGACUGAGCAGGCAGAUGAUCGGAGAGUUCCUGGGCAGCCGGCAGCAGUUCAACAAGGAUGUCCUCGACUGUGUUCUGGAUGAGAUGGAUUUCUCAGGGAUGGAUCUAGACGAUGCCCUAAGGAAGUUCCAGGCCCAGAUCAAGGUUCAGGGUGAAGCUCAACGGGUGGAGCGACUGGUGGAGGCCUUCAGUCAGCGGUACUGCGUUUGCAACCCGGUGCUGAUCCGGCAGUUUCAGAAUCCAGACACCAUCUUCAUCCUGGCCUUCGCCAUCAUCCUCCUCAACACGGACAUGUACAGCCCCAAUGUCAAGCCAGAGAGGAAGAUGAAGCUGGAGGACUUCAUCAAAAACCUGCGGGGUGUUGAUAACGGUCAGGACAUCCCCAGAGACCUGCUGGUGGCCAUCUAUGGGAGGAUCCAGAAAUGGGAGCUGAGGACCAACGACGACCACGUGUCUCAGGUCCAGGCAGUGGAGAGGAUGGUGGUCGGCAAGAAGCCCGUGCUGUCUCUGCCUCAUCGCAGGCUGGUGUGCUGCUGCCAGCUGUUUGAGGUUCCAGAUCCAAACAGAGGUCAGAGGAGCGGCGUCCACCAGCGAGAAGUCUUCCUGUUCAACGACCUGCUGAUGGUGACAAAGAUCUUCCAGAAGAAGAAGACCUCGGUGACGUACAGUUUCAGACAGUCUUUCCCUCUGUUGGACAUGCAGGUCCACACCUUCCAGAAUACCUACUACCCUCACGGCAUCAGACUAACAUCAGCCAAUCCCGGAGGAGAGAGGAAGGUGCUCAUCAUCUUCACGGCGCCAAGCCAGCAAGACAGAGCACGCUUCACCUCCGACCUACGAGAGAGCAUCGCAGAGGUCCAGGACAUGGAGAAGUACAGGGUCGAGUCUGAGCUCGAGAAGCAGAAGGGAGUGAUGCGUCCUGGGGUGCUGACGGGCGGAGGAGCAGGAGGAGCGGGGACGCCAGGGACCAGUACUGGCGGCUGUUCCGUAAAGAGCGAGGUGGUGAACGGCACUCUGGGUAGGCCGAGCCUCGACGACACGUACGCCUCGGUGGAUGGACUCAAACGCACGGCACUCAGCUCCUCACUGAGAGACCUCUCAGAAACAGGGAAGCGAGGUCGCAGGAACAGUGUGGGGUCAUUGGACAGUACCAUUGAAGGUUCCAUUAUUAGCAGCCCUCGACCUCACCAGCAGCGCCCCCUGCCUGCUGGAGGUCUAUCCUACAGCCCCAUGAUGGUCCCUUCAUCUCCAGCAGCCUACCGGCCACACCGCCCUACUCAGAGCCCCGGUACAGGGGUGGGGGGUGGGCCGGGGCUCUGUCACAAUCAGGGGGGGGCCACCACCUCCCCACCCAUCAGCGGGGGAGGGGCUGGGGCCGGAGGAGGGAUGGCAGGUGGGGUAGGUCCGACUGGCGGCCUGCUGGGGAAUUUCUUCGGCAGUCGCAGAGGCAAAGUUCCUGGUCCCUUGACGAUGACGUCGCCGACUCCGCAGGGUCCACCGAGUCCCCUGAUGAUAUCAUCACCCCCACACUACCCCGCCCCCGCGCCGCCCAUCCCCCACCCAUCCUCCCCUUCCCCAUGCCCCUCCCCAUCGCCCAACCUCGGUCAGUCGGACUCGGGAGGAGUUGGAGGGGCAGGAGGUACAGGAGGGGGACCAUCCAAGCUUCAGGCUUUGCACGCCCAGUACUGCCACGGCAACAGCUCAGGAGGAGGAGUCAAUGUUACUGGGCAGCAGCAACAGACACCACCCCCACCCUACCACCACCACCACCGCUACCACAUGCAGAGCGUCCCACAGCACCACGCCCUGUCACACAGGUUCUCUACACCCCGACAUCAGGGCCCAACCGGCUGCGUUCCUUCUCAUACCCAGCAGCAUCACAGAAUGCAAUAUGGCGCCACCCAGCACCCUCGCUACAACUUGGGCUUCAUCACACCCCCACCAUUGUCCCCUCACUCCCCCAUCACCCCCACUACCCCACAAGGACUCUACCACUCGCAACCUGCAGUGGGACGGCCAGGUGGAGGAGGCAAGCUCCCACUGACCAUCUCGCACUCGCAGCCCCACCCCCACGCUCACACACACUCUCACAACCACGGCGUGCACACACACUCCCCGCUCAGCCCCUCCCCCUCCGCGUCCCCCUCAACCCACUUUAUUUUCGCCACCCCACCACCCCAGACGCCGUCAGCACGCCUCGUCACCCAGACUACGCCACAGCCCUACGGACCCCAGUACCCACCUCUCACUUCCAUCCCACCGCCCCCUCCACACUCCCCCCUACCUCCCCCAUCGACCGGCCCACUCUCUCUGCAUCCAGGAGCAGGGGGAGGGCAAGGGGGAGGACCCAAAUCGAAACCUGUCAGCAGGAUCAGCACGGUCGUGUGAGGAGGCAGAAACUUAGGACGAUAGUGUGGCACCCCCCAGUGAGCCACCGGGCGGCAGCAGUGAGAGGGAGCAGAAGAGGAAGGGGGAGAGGAAGAGGGCAAAUGCAGGUGUAUCAAAAUGGCCACCUGGCUAGAAGGAGAGUACUGAGAGCAGGGAAGAGGAAAUUACUCAGCCUGUGUUAUUUUCACAUCCACUUCCCCCACAAGUAGAAAGACUCUCACAGAUGCUGUGCCAAAAGAUGUUUGUUGGGUACCCUGCAUCCUGUCGCCCCGCCAUCUUGGUGAAAAUCUCCUCAUCUUCCUUUUGCAGUGCCCUUCAGAGGCAGCCUGCGGACAUUGGUGUAGUUCUUCAUUGACAGAUGAAGUGUUUGUGUCAUAUUGUCAGUAAGAUUUUGUGUAGUGGACAAACAGUUCAGGACCAGCCAAGGAGGGAACAGUGCCUGAGAAAUGCAAAAGGGUUAGCGCUUGAUGCUAACACUAUGUACAGUGUUGGUUGAUGGGACAGUUCAUGUUUAUAGGAAGCCUAAUAACGCAAUGAGUCAUUUUACUAUAGUCCAAAAAUCCCACUGGUCUUGCACCACUUUGUUUUUUGCACAAAAAGCACUUGUGCUAUUGUUAUGGUUAUUGACAUAUUACAAGCCAUGAAGUGUUAACUGAGAAGCAGAAGUGGUCAGCAUUAAUAUGGUUCAGUUUGUGUCUUAGUGAGACCUGUGCCAUAGCUAGUAAGUGUCCAUGUGUCUACGGUUAAAAUCCUAUAUACAGGGGGAGGGAUUUGUUGUUAUUUAAAGCCCAGUCCAGCAUUUAUUUGACCAUAAAAAGUGCAUUAGUGAAGGUUGCUGAAGACUUCACUUUCUAAAUGGAUGAUAAACUUUUUUUAAAAAACUUGAAAUAAGCCAUUGUAAUAAGAAAAACUACAGGUGUCUUUUUACCUUUGUGUUUUGCAAAAAUUGCUAAAAGCCUUUAGCGUUUGUGGAUUACAGGGUUUCAGCAGGGGGUGCUACAUUACUGUUUUGGAUUGACUUAAAAAUUGGGAGUGGUUUGCAUUUGACAUUGUAAUUUCCCCAAUUAUUUUUUAUGCUCACAAACCUGAACUUGUAAGAAAUUUUAAUAUUUGUCAACCGUAUUUCAUGCUCCAUCUUAUACAUGACCCCCUAUGUUGCCAGAGAAGGAGAUUAUAAUUGAAGGUGCCAAACAGGGUGCAGUCUGGGGAACAGAGUCUUAUGUUUUACUGGCUUGUCUGCUUUUGAUGAAGCCGGGGAGCUACAUUACAUAAAUAUAGCGAUGAUAAAAGUUUUGUCAGCCUACAUUAAACAGGAUCUUUUUCUAAUGUAAGUAGGUAUGUUACUGGAAAAUGUUUCAAAUGCAACUGGGUGAGAAAUUAAAAUUAAACAGUUUCAUGUCAGAAAAACAAAAACAAAAUUGUAUAACCACCUCAUGUGGGUGUUUAGCUGAUGGAAGUCUUUAACUGUUUAAAGCUUCUGUACUUUGACCCUACGCACUAGGGAGCAGUGUCACAUCUGCUGAACCAAAAUGUUCAGAAGAGAAAAAUGAAAGUCUUAUUAAUUUCAAGAUUGAUAUGAUAUGAUGAUUGUGGUUGCUAGUAAUUCUUUAUGCCAGUUCUUUUAAAUUACCAGCAAUCAGUUUCUCAUUAUUAUUUUAGGACCAUUAGCCCAAGAUAAAGGUUUAAUAUCUCAAGCCCACAGUGUCAUUAUCUUAGGAUUUUGGUUAUAAUGGUGUGAGCUGCUGCCAUUAGUUGAUUAACCAAUUAGUUAAAAAAAUAAAUUGUUUCCAGCUAUUUUGACAAUUCAUUAAUCACUUCCGUCGUGUCCCAAGCGAAAAUGUCAAACAUCUGCUGGUCCCAACUUCUUCUUUGUCAUUUCUGACAGCAAAUGAUGAUUUUUUGAGGGGUCAGGCUGUUGGUUGGACAAAAUAAGCAAUCUGAAGACAUUAAUUAAGGAAUGAACAUGUUUCACAAUUUUUUUGGACAUUAUUUAAACUUAAGAGUUAAUUUUUAGCUUAACCGAUGAUGAAAAUAAUUCAGAACCUUUAAGUAAAGAUGUCUGUAUGAGAGACCCUGAGUUAUGUAUGUCAUGAUAAUCACAAAACUCAACAACCUUGUCUCUGGCUAUUGAAAAAUAAUAAUUUCCCACCCAGUCUAGACUAUGUUAAUUUCUCUCAAUGGGAUGUGGAAUCGUGAACACAGUUUACUAUUUACUGGUAUUGCAAAAUGAAGAAUAAGGUGCCUUCGGAUGAUUCCAAGAAAUAAUGUUAGCGGCACGUCACCCUGAAAGACAGUUCAGCAGCUAAAUCAGUAAUACUCUGAUUGAUUGUAUCCAUCAAGCCAUUUACUGCAUUUUUAAAAUAUGGCUGAAGGAUUGAGCCCUUCAUCUCCCUCAUCAUCCAACAAAGACACUAAGGAACCUGAAAACUGGACCUAAUUGUAUGUUGAAGGACUUCCACAGGACUGGAGUGCAAAACAUGUUUCACCAUCACACAGCACGAAGUGAAAUAUUCUUGAACAAACGCAUUUUUAUGUGUUAUUUUUGCACUUUGUGUUGAACCCACCACACCAGUAUUAAAGGGUAUUUCAUCUCUCUCUCUGCAUAACAUUGAGAUCAUCGGGAGUCCGGAAGCCCAUAAUGGCUGGUAGAAAACUCUUUAACAAUUUGAAGAAUUUUAUCAGCCAUUAAACCUCAUAUAAGUCUUUACCAGCAUUUAACUGGUGGAUGAUGGGAAAUUCCUCUGAUGUUCUGAAUGCAUAGGUUAAUGACACAUUUUAGUUUCCUGUAGAUAUUAACUGUACAGUGUGUUCUAUUUUCAAAGGGGCCAACAGCAUCGAUCUGUAACUAAGGUUCAGAACUGCUUGAAUUAAUAAAAUGUUUGCUCUAACAACCAAACGUUCUUCGGGCUGUUUGAGCAACUUAAGGUUCUUCACAAACAAUAACGAAACAAUGUUUUUUGUAGAAACCUUUUGUGGUUCAGGUUUUCAGAAACACCGUCAUGGAUUACAGUUAGUUGACGGAGUUCCCCAGGGAACCAUUUUGGAUCCCCUGUUGUUUUCAACCUGAAGAACCCCUUUGAAUUUUAAGAGUGUACUGCUAAUAUUAUUAUCAAUAUUGUUGCGUGACAAGCUUCUGCUAACAUAAUGUACUCCUUGGGCUGUUGUAUAUUUAGCAUUUCUAAUUUUGUUAUGUGCUUACGAGUGUGAGUGUGUUUUUUUUUUUUUUCCUUUUCUUAUUUGGGCAUCUUAUGAAAGUACUUAAAAACUUCUUAAGUUUUAAUAUGUUGACAACAAAACCAAGAAUUUUCUGGCUAUCAUACAACUGAUGUUCUAGCAUUUUAAUGCAGACUAUGAUAAUUACGUUCAUCUCUGCAUGCCUACGCAAACACACACCUGUGCGCACCUCUGAAUCAUUGCAAAGCCUCUCAUCAACCUUUUAAUAGAAAUGCGCAUCACUUGUGCUACUAAACAACCUUUUAAGACCAUACAAAUUAAUAAUAGGUUCUAAGCUGCUAGGAGUUCUGGGCCAUUGGGUCUAACACAUGUUUCUCCAAUCAUUUACAGAAACAUUUUGCAGGGGCCAUACAGUAACACCGGGCUAAAACACACAGCUCUUGAGGAGCAUCGCCUCAAACCUACCUCGUCAGGGACUACACAACAUUUUGCCCUGUUCCACUUCGUGCCCGAGUUGAAUCAAAGGCAUCCUCACAUUAGUUCCCACUCCAAAGCUCCAUGCCGAUGCUUUUGCAUAUCGUAAGCUAUCGCCUACAAGUUGUAUGUGCUUCACAUUACUGCCAUCCCUUUUUACAAGUCAUCCUUCAGUUUUUAGAUUUGUUUCCUUCCUUCCUUCCUUCCUUACGCUGGGCAGGCUUUGGUUUCAGUGUCAAUCCUGCAGAGACUUGACAUAAUCCACCACUGUUUAUUAGGGGUACGAGCACCAACAUUGUUGGAAGUGUAUUUCUUUUGCUGGUUCUUUACUCUCCUUUUUUGGUCCUCGUGGAGCAGAUUCUUACAGAGUUUGACUGCAGGAGGAUGUCUGACGCUUUCCAAGUGUACAAAUUGGGCCAUGAUGUCCUUGUGAGUCAUACCAACUUUGGUUUUGAGUUGUGUUGUAUUCCUGUAUCCCAGUGUAUACAUUUAGAGAUCUAGUUAUGUGUUGUUUUUUGGCCAUGUUUUGAUCAAAAAUUCUUUGGAAUUCAUCAGUCGAACACAGGACUAUGUACUAUGUAAAUGCUCAAAAAAACCCUCACCGUUCACUGGAAUAAACAAAAAUGAGUGGCUGCCCGGAAGGUAGGAAAUCAGUCUAAAAUGUACUGCAUGGUUUGUAGAAGUAAUGUAGAGCAUAUGCAAUUUAAGAACAUGCAAAAACCCAGGUGUGGUCCUUCAAGUCCUCUAUUUGAAACUGUUUUUCUCUGCCCAGGUCUGUUUGCAUGUGGUAUGUGGUAUUUAUUACAGUAUCUGCACUGAAUGAAACUGUAUUAUAAACACGAAUGUACAUAACCAUCGUUAUAUGAAAAAUAACAAUGUGAGUGCGCUUUAUUUCUGGCUGAGUUUACACCAGGAGUGGAAGACCUGGUUUUUUACCCCAGUAAAAAAACAUCUGGUCCGACUGCUGCAUGCAAAGCAGGGAACAUUAAAAAAAAUAAAGAAGUUCAGAUCUGGUUCCAAUGAAGUUAAAAAUGUUGGAUUCUUAUGCACCUGUGUAAAGGCAGUCUGUGUUUUGUGUAUCUAUUCAAGGGAAAUGAAUCGGGGGUCUGAAUUGUUGGUACCGACACAACAGACUGCUUCAUGGAGAAAAACAAUAUUUCUUGUUCAUAAUGUAGAGCAAAGAGAGACUGCAAUAGUCCUUGUAAAAUUGUACGAGUACAGUGUCAAAUAUGUGUUAACAGAGACAGCAUUAUUUUAAAAAUUAUGUAUGGAAGAUUUUAGCUGUGUAUAUAAAUAUAUAUUACUUGUACUUUGUUUUUGAAAUUGCAGAGAUAUGAAAAAAGUGGAAAUAUUUAUUGCGCUAAAGAUAUAAAAAAAGUCUGUUCAUGUUG